AUGACCACUCAGGACAUAGAUCCAGCGGUCAGGCUCGCUGAUGAUUUUAAGAAACGAGGGUGUUUUGACGAGGAAAAAGGUCGCAUUUUAGCAGCGAUCGUUGAUGGUACAGACGGCACGAGCGUUGAAGAAUUUGUGCGGGGUAGAACAGCAACGUUGGUCAAUAAGAUGGUUCAAGAAGACGAGUCAUUGAUUUUUAAGAAUAGGGGCUCUACUAGUGCUUUGAUCGAAGGCAGACUGGUAAAAAAUGGAUUCGAAGAGCUGAAUACGGAGAGCGUACAUAUAGAUGCCUUCUUGCGAAAUAUGGUUGAAGAUCCUGCUUUCAAAGAGAGUCUAAAGAACCGUUUGCGGGCAAAAUGGGACAAUGAAUUGAAAGAGAAAAACGAAAUGGACUUGGGAAAAGAUAUGGACAAUUCAGGCUGA